GACCCAUAACCUUCAUCCUCUAUCAAAGAUUCUUUUUCAUUGUUUUACUGUCUGCUUUUUAUAUUUCAGAGAUAUCUUCGCAAGUUUUGAUAUUAUUAUUUGAAAUGAAUCAAACAAGAGAAAUCGAUGAAGGAGAGACGCGCACAGUUAUGGAACCUAACGAGAGACUUCGCAAUGAAGUCAGUAAUUUUCUUCCACGGAUCGCCGAUAGAAGUUCGAAAGAGAAAAUUACAUUGGCAGAUAUAAUGCCACAGAUUAUUGCAAGCUGUAUGAUUCAGUGUAUAAACAUAAAGGCUGGUAUAAACAUGGCUUACAGUACCAUUUUAUUAGAUGGAUUAGAAUCAGAUAAUUCUGAUAUAAAAGUAACCGAGAGCGAAGGAUCUUGGAUCGCAAGUCUAGUUACAAUAACAUUGCCAAUAGGAUCCAUCAUUGCUGGGCCUCUGAUGGAUAAAUUUGGACGCAAAACAAUUUGUCUGUUAUCUUGCGUUCCCGCAGCAGUAUCAUGGGUUUCUUUGUUAUUUGCCAACUCCUUAAUUACUAUUUAUGCGGCUCGAGUUGUAGCCGGAAUCGCAGCAGGCUUAACAACCGUCGCUUUGGUUUACAUAUCAGAACUUACACAUCCGCAAGUCAGACCGAUGCUUCUGUGCCUUACUUCCGUGUUUGUGUCGUUAGGUAUAUUGAUUACCUGCUGUCUGGCCGUGAUGCUAGACUGGCGCAAAAUGACUAUAAUUUUCCUCGCGCUAGAGUGUUGUAUUUUCUCAAUACUUUACUUUAUACCUGAAAGUCCCUACUGGCUUAUGUGCUUUCAAAAUGGCAUGUUUAAUGAGAAACGAAUUUCCAAAAUGAAACACAGUUUGAAACGGCUUAACAGAAGGCAAACAAUUUAUGAGGAAGAAUAUUCGCGAAUUAUGGAGACUUGCGAAAGUCGUGGGGCGAGUGACGAAGCGCCAAAAAGUAUAGCAGUAGCCAUAAAAAAUUAUUACCACAUGUUUACAUCCCCGGCAGCCUAUAAGCCUCUGCUGAUACUUUUCUUCCUUUUUUUACUGCAGCAACUAUCCGGCUCAUAUGUGAUCAUAUUUUAUGCCAUUUCAGUUUUUCGCGAAAUGGGUGGAACAUUUGGCAAGAAUUUUAACGAACACAGCGCGCUCGUUAUGCUAGGUAUCAUUCGAUUCGUUAUAAGUAUAGUAACAGUUUUUUGUAGUAGAAAAUACGGCAGGAGAGUUCUUUGCAUCUUGAGUGGGAUUGGAAUGGCCAUUUCUAUGUUUCUUUCUGGAAUGUACAUGCAUUUUGCGCUGUCGUACGAUGAAAAUGGUAAUACGGAGGAAACCACGGUGGAUCAAAAGUGGCUAUUAUUAUUCUUCGUGUUGGCUUACAUCUGCACUAGUUCGCUUGGAUUUAUAGUCAUACCGUGGACAAUGAUCGGGGAACUAUUACCCGUGUCCAUACGUGGUAUUGGUGGGGGUCUCAUGGUUUCUCUCGCUUACAUAAUGAUGUUUGCUGUGAUAAAGAGCUAUCCGUACCUUUUGAAAAGCAUGACUAUCGAGGGUAUUUUUUUCUCUUUUAGCUUCAUAUCUCUAACUGGUACAGCUUUUGUAUAUUUUUUUCUGCCUGAAACUCUGGGCAAAUCAUUUUCCGAUAUUGAAAAGUUCUUCUCCUCUACUAAAGAGAGAAAAACAAUGCGCAAUGCUAAUUCUAGAAAUUCUUAAUUUUGCCGCUUUCACUUUGGUUUUAUUUGUGUGUGCGUGUGUGUGUGUGUUGCAUGAUAUAUUUACAAAGGGGACUAUUAGAAGAGAUGGGACUGCUAAUAUUAUGUACAGGAAACAUUUUAGUGUUUCAAUUUUGACAAUAAAUUAGAAGAAAUUGUAGAAUAA